GACAGACAAUAUUCUGUUACAUUGUAGCAAAAUGGCGACUGUCAUUCACAACCCCCUGAAAGCGCUUGGGGACCAGUUCUACAAGGAAGCCAUUGAGCACUGCCGGAGCUACAACUCACGGCUGUGUGCAGAGCGGAGCGUGCGUCUGCCCUUCCUGGACUCGCAGACUGGGGUAGCCCAGAACAACUGCUACAUCUGGAUGGAGAAGAGGCACCGUGGCCCAGGCCUUGCUCCGGGCCAGCUGUACACGUAUCCUGCCCGCUGCUGGCGUAAGAAGCGGCGAUUGCAUCCACCAGAGGACCCGAAGCUUCGACUCCUGGAAAUAAAACCUGAAGUAGAGCUGCCCCUGAAGAAAGAUGGCUUUACCUCUGAGAGCACCACAUUGGAAGCCUUGCUUCGUGGUGAGGGUGUGGAGAAGAAGGUGGAUGUCAGAGAGGAGGAAAGCAUCCAGGAAAUACAGAGGGUUUUGGAAAAUGACGAAAAUGUAGAAGAAGGGAAUGAAGAGGAGGAUUUGGAGGAGGACAUUCCCAAGCGCAAGAACAGGACCAGAGGACGGGCUCGUGGCUCUGCCGGUGGCAGGAGGAGACAUGAUGCCGCUUCUCAGGAAGACCAUGACAAACCCUACGUCUGUGACAUCUGUGGCAAACGCUACAAGAAUCGGCCGGGCCUCAGCUACCACUAUGCCCACACUCAUCUGGCCAGCGAGGAGGGGGAUGAAGCCCAGGACCAGGACACCCGGUCCCCGCCCAACCACAGAAAUGAGAACCACAGACCCCAGAAAGGACCAGAUGGGACCGUCAUUCCCAACAACUACUGUGACUUCUGCUUGGGGGGCUCCAACAUGAACAAGAAGAGCGGGAGGCCUGAGGAGCUGGUGUCCUGUGCAGACUGUGGACGCUCUGGUCACCCAACUUGUCUGCAGUUCACUUUGAAUAUGACUGAGGCAGUCAAGACCUACAAGUGGCAGUGCAUAGAAUGCAAGUCCUGUAUCCUGUGCGGGACCUCGGAGAACGAUGACCAGCUACUCUUCUGCGAUGACUGUGACCGUGGUUAUCACAUGUACUGUUUAAAUCCCCCAGUGGCCGAGCCCCCAGAAGGAAGCUGGAGCUGCCAUUUAUGCUGGGAGCUGCUCAAAGAGAAAGCCUCAGCCUUUGGCUGUCAGGCCUAGGGCCUCAGGUCACAGGAUGUGACAUGCCACCAGAGAGGCUGAACUGGAGUCCUGUUUGAUCCAGAUGGAGCACUCCUCCUGCAUAUUCACACAGACCAACUGUAAGGAAAAUGAAUAGUUACAGGAGGGCCUGGACAUGUGGAACCGAGAGGGCAAGGUCUCUACUCACCUACUGCCCUGCCUGUGACCUCCAGCUUCACACAUGGUACUUCAGCCAGUCCUUCCUCGUUUCUACCAGAGGGAGCUUGCACUUUGGAAUAACAAUCCAGCCCUAGCCCUGUGAAUCUUCUUCACAUUCACCCUCACAGUGCAUCCCUCUCAUUGCUUCCCAUUUUAGUGGAAGCCAUUUUGUGACUGCUCACCAAUCACUUGUGUGUUGAUGGUGUGUGUGUGUGUUUUUUAAACCUAUUGUGUUUCAAGAUCCCUUCACACAGCCUCGUCACCCUUAGCUUAAGCUCUUCAUCCUAAACUCUCACAGAGGAACACAAUGCUGUGGAGAAGUUGUCACUUAUUACAAGCUUCCCUGGAAAUGUCUAUGUUUGGAGGCCAUCUUGAAGAUGGAGCUUGGAAACCUCUUGGUUAAGAAGAGUUGCAGUUUUCAAACCUCAGCUGGGAUGGUUUUGAUCCACUGCACAACCGUUUGAUGAGGGGUGGAGAGGGCUCGAGAGAUGGGAGAAUAAAUUGGGAUGCCAGCAUAACCAGUUAGUAUUUGCUGUUCAUCAAGAGAGAUUUUGCAAGGGACCUAGUGGUUCUUUGACCUUCAGAACUGUGGUGUCCUUGAGGUGAGACAAACCACAGUCUACAGACACAGAAAAGUGCUGAAGAUUCCCAGUGCCUCCCGACUGAAUUGAGUGUCAAGGCCUGGCUCAAUUUCCGCUGGUGGGAGUCAAGCAUCAGAGAGGUGGGCGAAGGCUGCCCAUUCAAUGGUCUAUGUUGAAUGAAAGAGUGUAGCUUUGGGAAACCCUUCAGUGUUAAUGCUACACUCUGAAUUCCUUUCCUGGGCAAUUUCCUCCUUCCGUGGAGUAUAUGUUUGCCAGUGACUACUGUGAUGUGACUGGAGAUUUCAGAAUGGAGGAGAGAGGAUCAUUACCUAACUAGAUCAUUGAGUGUGGUGAUUACUUGUGACGAGGUGGCCAUGACUCAGAACCCUCGCCUGCUCUUGUAACUUAAGCCGCCCCCCCCCCCCCCCC